AGGUCAAAAAAGGGUCAGCACGGCAGUUCAACCCGUGUGCCGAUUGAGCGCACGCUUCCUCAUCGUCCACCAGUCCACCUCGCCGCCGCCGCCGCCGCCGCCGCCGCCGCGGCGCUUUCCUCCGCCUCCUCUUCCCCGCGAAGCGCCGCCGCUCCUUUCUAUCCCCGAAGGCGACGGCUCGGAUCCCUCUUUAAGGCGCAGGGGUCGCCCCAUCUCGAGCUUGAGUACCCCCUCUGCCCCCUAAAGGCCCGGCCUUGGAGGCCGUUCGCCUCUUGAUUCCGGCGGCGGUGGAGAGGGAGGGGGCGAUGCCUAAGCGGACGACGCACACGUACUCGAGCGAGGACGCGCUGCCGGAGGGGCCCGAGUCCGACCUCUUCGUCUACUACUGCAAGCACUGCGCGUCCCACGUUCUCAUCACCGAUACCCAAUUGCAGAAAAUGCCCAAGCGAAAGACUGACAGAGCACAUGUUUUAGACAAGGCUAAGCAUCUCUCAAGGCUAAAUGUGAAGGAGUCAGGAAAAGUAAUGUUGAAACGUGGUGAAGGAAAGCUUGAAAAGCAGUUCCGCAUGAGCUGUGUAGGAUGUGACCUUUUUGUCUGUUACCGUUCAGAAGAGGAUCUGGAGCAUGCCCCUUUUAUAUAUGUUGUUGAUGGAGCACUGAGUUCAGUUGCAGCUGAGACAAAUCCACAUGAUGCUCCUGUACCCCCUUGCAUCACACAACUGGAAGGUGGACUUGUCCAAGUAGCCAUUGAAGUGGAAGACCGGGCACAGCGUUCAGCAAUAACAAGAGUGAAUGCUGAUGAUGUUCGAGUAACAGUAGCUGCCCCUGCUGCACGAGGGGAAGCUAACAGUGAGUUGUUAGAAUUUAUGGGCAAGGUUCUUGGCCUAAGAUUGACUCAGAUGACCCUUCAAAGAGGAUGGAAUAAUAAAUCGAAGCUUCUGAUUGUGAGUUCUCACUUGUUACUGCUGAUUACAUGGACUGUGGAUAUUGAUAUCAUUAGUAAAUCUUCUCAUGUUGAGGAUUUGUCCGCAAGGCAAGUGUACGAGAAGCUUCUUGAAGCUGUACAGCCUUAGAAAAUGGACCAGUCUGGCGCAUUUGGAUACAUUUUCUUUUGUGGUCACAAGAGGAAGUUCCCACUCAUUGUGCGCUGGAAGAGCAGAACGUGCUUUUUUUUUGAGAUAGAAGAGCAGAACGUGCUGAAACUACAUUGAAAACUCUGGAGCCAAGCUGUACUUCAGUAUCCCAUUCAUUGUCUUUGUUGUGGCAAUCAGGAAACCUUCUCUAUUGGUUAUCUCCUUAACAUUGAUGCAAAGUGUUGUGCAUCUUGUAAAGAUUGUUACACAAUAUUAAGUGCUGACUCUGAGCUUGUGGAUGAUUUCUCCUAA